AUGUUUAAACGGCUCAAAAAAUCUAUUGGGAAAAUUGAUGAGUCAAUAACAUUCGAUUUUUUACCACAAAAUCAUCCACAUCGAAGUGUUUUUCCUACAGUAUCACCAGUAAAUUCAGAAAUGGAAAACUCAAAAUUGUGCUUUGAUGAUAAAAUUGAAGAAAUGCCAGAGAAUUUCCCUGCUCGUGUUGCUGUUAGUGAAAGUACUACUGUUGAUCUCGGUAAAUACAGCCAGUCUUCAUCAUCUUCAGUAAAUGAUCAUACUUCUUUUUAUAAUGAUGUUGAAUUAUCAAGCGAAUUAAAUGAUAGUGUUAGUGUUAAAUCUAAAAAUACAAAUGAAAUCAUUGAAAAGCAUGUGUAUACUGCAUAUAAAAGACUUCAUGGCCGUUAUUAUAAAUAUAAAAUCAAGUACACUGAUUUAGCUAAUACAUUGAAACAAACAGUGAUGACACAUGAUAAAUUUAAAAUCAUUAUUUCAAAAGCUCAAGAUAAACUACUUCAAAGGAUUACAGAACUAAAAGAAGAGUGUAGCCUAGAAAAAGCUGCUAAAGCACACAUGGAAGUUGCAUUAAGAAAUGAUAUAGAAGAAAAAGAUCAUUUAAUAUCAACUUUAAAUACAAAAAUCAAUUUAUUAAAACAAAAUUGUUCUGAUAAAUGUGAAUCACUUCCAUCUAAAAAUUUUGUAAAUUUAUUGGCUAAAUGUGAACGAUUAAAUAAAGAAUUAACUUUAUUUAAAUCAGAUUGUGCAUCACUUGAAAAGCAAAUUAAAUUAUUAAAAGAAAAUGAAGAAAGUACUCUGUUAAAUUUAGCGGAAAAUGAAAUGGUAAUUCAUAAAGAACUUAAAACCAAAGAAGAUCAGAUAAAAAAAUUAGAAAAGGCAAUAAAUGGACUUCAAAAAGAAAAGAAAAUAUUACUAAAAGAAAAUGCUGAACAUUCAUCAACAAAUUUAUAUCUGGGUAAUAUAAAUCAGAAUGUCCAAGAAAAAUUAACCAAGCAACUUUAUGAGCUAGAAGAAAAAAUAUCUUCAGCAUUUGAGUUUAAGGAAAAUGAAGUGAACGAAUUAAAAAACCAAUUAAAAGUUUUAGAAAAACGUUUUGAAUUACAGGAGCAAAAAAAUGUUUCAACGGGAGAGAUUUUGAUAGCUAAAGAAAAAGAAGUAAACGACCUUAAACUGGUUAUUUCAAGAUUAGAACAAAUUUUAAAUGAUAAUAAAGUUUCAGCUUCAAAGAAAAUAGAUACAUUUUUAAAAGAAGUCGGAGAAAAAUCACUAACAAUUAAAAAUUUAGCAAAUCAAUUGAAAGAAAUGGAUGAACUUAGACAAGAUUAUGAAAAAAAUGAAAAUGAAGUAGUUAGUUUAAAAAAUCAAAUUUAUCAAACAAAAAAAUUAAUGAAAGACGGUGAAUUGGCUCGAGUGGACGAACAAAAUAAGUAUAUUAAAGAAUUAAAGCAGAAAUCAGAAGACAUUUAUAAUUUAAAAGAAGAAUUAAAAUUAUUAGAAAUUUCCUUAAAAGAUAACAAAAAAAAAAAUACAGAUCUUCGUAUUUAUUUUGAUGAAAUUAACUUAAAAAAUAACAGGCUUGUAGAAUCUGUAGAAGAAUUAAAGUUGAAAAUAAUUAAUUACAAAAAAUCAAAUGAAGAAUUAGAAGAUACUAUUAAAGUAGUACAAAAAGAAAAAGAAAUAGUCACUGAAACUACGAAAAUUAAAAUGGAAGAAAAUCAAUUAGAAUACGAUAAAUUAAACAAAUUAUAUAAGAAGAUGUUAAGUAAAUUAAAUCAAGAUAAAUUAAAUACAAUUUAUGAAGAACGUAGUAUUGAUUCUGUAAUAGAAGAUUAUAACCUUCUUGUAGAAAAAAAUGCGUAUUUAAUAAAAGAACGACAACAAUUGCUUCAAACAUUUCAAAAUACAAUACAAAUACUAAAUACCGAUUUUGAAUUUUUCAAACAUUUUAUAAAAGAGCAAUUAACUGAAUGGUUAUUUAUAUUUUUCAAAUAUAUAAAACAAUUAAAAUCGGAAUAUUCAUUGCAAAUCAAAUUGUGUCAUAAUAAUUUGAUUGCCACAAAAAACAAGUUAGAAUCAAUUCAAAAGACAUAUUUCAUAUUAAAAUCUGAUUGCAUUUACAAUUUGAAACAUUUUAAAACUGAAAUUAUUGAAAAUUAUGAGAAAAUUAUAAUGUUAAGUUUAUUUGAAUAUUCUAAGGAGCUUAAAAAAGAGAAAACUCAUUUAACUCAACUACAGAAGGAAAUUAAUUUUAACAGAAUAAGUGAACAACGAUUAGUGAAAGAAGAAGUGAGGGAAACCAUUCAAGAACUACAAGAUUGUAUAGAAGUACAAAAAAAAACAUUUACUGACCUACAAAAUGAAUAUUUUAAUUAUCAAGUGAUUGAAAAGGAAAAUUGGACAAAUAAGUUAACACAAACUGAAAAUAAGUGGUUAAAGAAAAUGAAUAACUACAAAAAAUUGAUGGAUACAGAGCAUAGAGAAGAAGUAGAAGCUUUAACUAAUGAGUGGUCUAAGGAACGAAAACAAAGGCCAAAUUUAGAGACUGCUGAAUGUAAAAAUGAAAAAGCACUUGAAAAAAUCAUUCAAGAUGUUGAAACUACUUCACAACGAGAAGAAGUUUUACAACGCCAAGUAACUAGACUUGCUAAAGAACUUGGUGAAUUAAAAAAAAAUUACAGAAAUGAAGUUUAUAAUAAACCUAGAACCAAUGAUAUGGAUGAUGAUAAUAACAAAGGUGGAUGUGAAAUGGAAUACUUAAGAAAUGUUUUAUACGAAUAUAUGAUGGGAAGGCAACCUAUGGUUUUGGCAAAAGUGUUAGCUGCCAUAGUAAAAUUUGAUUCCAAUCAGUUGAACACUGUACUCCAAAAAGAAGAACAGAAAGUUUCUUUAACAAAAACUUUAGGCAUGUAA